GCAUUUAAUUUCAACUCACCAAAAGGUCUCUGUUAUGUUUCGACAUCGCAAUAGAUCAGAACGUACGAAGUCGCCAAACGAGUUCUACCACAAGUUCCUUCGAUCGCAAAAAAGAGCAUAAAAAUCAGGGAUCUUUUAGAGACCUCUUGUCUCACAAAGAGAAUUGACUUCGAAGUCGAACGAUGAGUGCGAUAAAACUGGUGACAUUUGAAGAGGAAUUGAAGAAAAAUCCCGAACUGAAAGAAACGGAUAUACAAAUGCUGCGAGAAUGGAGCGAGAAACAACCUCAUUUGCCUAAAUUAACAGACAGCGAAUUAGCACUGUUUUUGCAUAGCAAUUAUUAUCGACUCGAACCAACGAAAUCUAGUAUCGAUACGUUUUUCACCGUUAGAACCCACGUACCUGAAUUUUUCUGCAAUCGGGAUUUCAACAGCAAAGAACUGAAGAAAGCCAGUCAAACAGUAACGGAUCAGAUUUUGGAAGGAACAACCAAAGAGGGUUAUAAAAUCAUUUAUGGACGACUGUUGGACAGCGACGCGUCGAAUUUCGUUUACAACGACGUCAUGAAAAUACUUAACAUGGUGAUUGACUUGUGGCUCUACACGGAGGGUACCUGCGACGGUCACAUAAUAUUGUUCGACAUGAAGAACGUCUCGUUUGGUCACGUCGGCCGUCUGAGUCCCAUGGGUCUGAAAAAGUUUCUCUAUUAUCUGCAGGACGGAUUGCCUGUCAGACUGAAGGGCUUUCACUUUAUGAACGCUUCCCCGGUGAUAGACGUCAUUCUGAAUAUGAUGAGACCGUUUAUGAAGAAGCAGCUGAUGGAUAUGCUUCAUAUGCACACCACAAACGACACGCUGGAGAAGUUCGUGCCACUCGAGAUUCUGCCAAAUGAAGCGGGCGGUAAGGCCGGUCCGAUAAAGGAGCUGCAUGAGAAGCAGAUGAAAAAACUGGAAGAAGCUAUCUCCUGGUUCCAAGAGGACGAGGCCAAUCAUCGCGUCAACGAGUCGCUGCGACCCGGCAAGGCAAAGUCAGCGACGGACUUGUUCGGCGUCGAGGGAAGUUUCAAGAAGCUCGAAAUCGAUUGAGCACGCAAUCCACAAGAUUGUUAUUCUCGGAUAUACAGUUCUUGAAGAUCGAAAAAAAAAAACAACAAUUUAUCCUCACAUAUUUAAUAAACCAAAUAAUUUCUUUAAUAUAAAUAUUUAAAACGACGUUAUUGCACCUGUAGUGGUCAAAGAAGAGAAGAAUAGAAUGCUAGAAAAUAAUUAAAAAUAUAUAUAUAUUACACACACACACACACACACACACAUACAAUUACGCACAGGAAUGUUAUCUUCAAAACGUAAUUCACGAGCCGCGUGAAACAAGUUACUGAUUGCGCGGUAUAUCCAACGUUAUUUUAAUAAAAAAACAAUAUAUUUAUUACAAAAUCGAAAUUUGUCUUUAGCGCAGAGACCUCUCCUCUUAUGAAAAUAUUAUACAUCAAGUUGAAGACAAAAAAAUUGGUAAAAUUAUGUUAAUUUUUUUUUCUACUCAUGGCAGAAAUGAUUAUUAUAAACGAUCGUUUUUUUUUUUUUUAUCGUCUAAAGUGAUAAAGUGCUUUAUUUCACUUCUCAAAACAAAAAGUGUCUUAACAAGAAGCAACUUUUUGUUUUCAUCAAUCGUGUCAUACGUUUUAUUAUAAUUGAUCGUUGCCUUGAAUUGUAUGAACAGUAUGUAAAUAUAAUAUGCAAAGUUGUUCGUUAUGAAUUAUACGAAUAAUUAUGCGAGGUUGCAU